AUGGCUGUAUCCAAGACGCUCUCUUUCCCCCACCUCCUCUAUGUCUACCCCUGGAUGCCCUUCCCGCGCCGCGUCAUCAUAUACCUCCGCGAGAAGGGCAUUCACAACGCCGUGGAAAUAGUCCCCAUCGACUUCUCCUCCCAGACCGCACUCUUGGACAAGCACAAGAAUUACCCUCUCAAGCCACCAGGCAGCUUGCCCAUACUCGUCCUCCCGACCCGCGACGGAUCACCUCCCGUCAAGAUCGGCCAAUCCAUGGCGAUCCUGAACUACCUCGAGGACAUGUGCGCCGCGGGCAAGCUGGAACACAGCGACAAAAACCCCGGGGGUAUGCGAGGCCCAGAGGAUCCGGUCGCCCGCGCCCGCGUCGUGGAGAUGACGACGCUGGCCGAGGAGCUGUCGGCGACCUGGAACCCCGUGCGCACGUUUGGCACCGCCGCGGGAACCAUGGAGCUCCCCGGCGCCGCGAGGGAGAUGCUGCGCUGGGUCAAGCGGGCGCUGGCGGCCGUCGAGACCAUGCUGAGCGAGGACCGCGAGCGGCAGGCUGCACACCAGUGCUCCGCUCUCAUGGCCACCGGCGGUGCGGCGGUCAACCUGGCCGACGUUGUGCUCUUUCAGUUCCUCGAGUUUGUCGACGACUGCUACGGCCUCGACAUCACCGUCGGCUCCGGGGAGGUCGUGACUGAUGUCUACGGACGUCAGGUGAAGGAUUCGUUCCCCAUGUUGGUGGAGUUCUAUGCCGAGUUCAAGAAGAGAGAUUCUGCAAAGAGGGUCGAGGCUGCCGGCGAGAAGCCCCCUGCCUGGGCUUUGGAUGUCAUGACCAAGUGGGCUGAUGGUGUUUUGUAA